AUGGUGCCAAAAUUCUACCAGCAUGCCUUGGCCAUGGCCUUUGCCAUCAAUGAGAUCAACAAGAAUCCCAGGGUCUUGCCCAACCUCACUCUUGGAUUCCACAUCCUUGACAGCUACUCUGAGGAAAGGAUGACCUAUCGGACCACCCUAGACCUGCUCUUCAAGACACAAAGAUUUCUUCCCAAUUAUGAGUGUGAUGGACGGAAAAGUCUCCAAGCGGUCAUUGGGGGACUUGGUUCUGACAUCUCCUUUCUCAUGGCUGACAUUUUAGGCUUCUACAAAAUUCCUCAGAUUCGCAAUUCUCUCAGUUACCAUUCUGCUGUGUGCAAAGAAGGAAAGACGAUGAGUUGUUCUGUGAAGGACCCUCUCCCAGUUCCUCAUGAGUGGUACCAGCCUGGUGGACUCCUCAUCGGGGGAAUUCUGACUCAGAUCAUUUAUGUUUUCCACGAAAGGUCUUUCGAGGAACAACCUUCUCGGAACCUUUUCGAUGUUGUAAACAUGAUGACAAAAUUCUACCAGAAUGCCCUGGCCAUGGCCUGUGCGGUCAAUGAGAUCAACAAGAACCCGAAGAUCUUGCCGAAUGUCACACUUGGCUUCCACAUCCUUGACAGCUACUCGGAUGCAAGGAUGACUUAUCGGUCCACUCUCGACCUCCUCUUCAACUGUCAGAGAUUUGUUCCCAAUUAUGAAUGCGAGAAAGAGAAAAAUCUCCAAGCAGUUGUGGGGGGACUGGGCUCUGACACCUCCUUUCUCAUGGCUGACAUCCUAAGUCUCUACAAAAUGCCACAGCUUCACCCGUUCCUGCGAAGGUUGUCUUUUAAUAACUCAGAGGGAGAAACAGUGUCCUUCAAUGAGAACAGAGAAAUAGGAGGUGGAUUUGACGUCAUGAACGUGGUCAUCUUCCCCAACAAGUCUUUCCAUCAAGUGAAAAUUGGAAGGGUGGUUCCCGGUGCUCGUGAAGGAGAAGAAGUUGUGAUAGACUGGGAUAAAAUUGUGUGGCACCGAGGCUUUAACCAGGUGCUCCCCAUUUCAGUUUGCAACGAGUACUGCCAUCCUGGCUUUCAGAAGAAAAACAAGGAAGGAGAGAAGUUUUGUUGUUAUGAUUGCACUCCAUGCCCAGAUGGGAAGAUUUCAAACCAGAUAGAUACGGAUGACUGUUUCAAAUGUCCAGAAGACAAGUAUCCAAAUGAGGGCAGAAAUGAAUGCCUGCCCAAACAUGUAGUCUUUAUGUCUUAUGAAGAGCCUUUAGGGUUGAGUUUAGCCUUGGUUGCUCUCUCUUUUUCCCUGAUCACAGCCUGGGUCUUAAGAACUUUUAUGAAGCACAAAGACACCCCCAUUGUCAAAGCCAACAACCGGGACCUCACCUACACCCUCCUCAUCUCUCUCCUCUUCUGCUUCCUUUCUUCUUUGCUCUUUAUUGGACGACCCAGAAGGCUGAACUGCCUCCUCCAACAACCGGCCUUUGGCAUCAUCUUUUCAGUGGCCAUUUCUUGCGUGUUGGCCAAAACCAUCAUCGUGGUUGCGGCUUUCAUGGCCACCAAACCACGAUCCAACAUGAAGAAAUGGCUGGGAAGAAGGACAGCAAACUGCAUUGUGCUCUCCUGCUCCUUGGGUCAAGCAGGAAUUUGUUCUGUGUGGUUAGGAACAUCGCCUCAAACCCCAAAUUUAGAUAUGGACUCUAUAACUGAAGAGAUCAUUGCAGAAUGCAAUGGAGGCUCUGUUGUCAUGUUUUACCUUGUCCUGAGUUAUAUAAGCUUUUUGUCCCUCAUCUGUUUCACAUUGGCCUUCCUAGCCAGGAAGCUGCCAGACAGUUUCAAUGAGGCCAAGUUCAUCACCUUCAGCAUGGUGGUCUUCUGCAGUGUUUGGGGGUCCUUUGUUCCCACCUAUUUGAGCACCAAGGGGAAACACAUGGUCGCUGUGGAGGUCUUCUCUAUUGUAGCCUCCAGUGCGGGUCUCUUGAUCUGCAUCUUUGCUCCCAAGGUUUACAUUAUUCUCUUGAGGCCUGAGUUGAACACCAAGGAGCAGCUUAGAAGGUGGAAAAAAGAAUGA